UGUUCCCGGUGGCGGGCCUUCCGAUGGUCGAGCAUCUGGUGAAGGCGUGUGCGCUCGUGGACGGCAUGAAAGAGAUAAUCCUCAUCGGCUUCUAUCAGAUCCACAUGUUCUCGGCGUUCAUCGACUCCAUGGUCAGGAAGUACAACAUCUCUGUCCGCUAUCUCCAGGAGUACACGUCGUUGGGAACCGCCGGAGGUAUCUAUCACUUCCGCGAUCAGAUCCGUGUCGGAGAUCCGGAGGCAGUGUUUCUCAUGAACGGUGACGUCUGCGGGGAGUUUGCGCUCAAAGAGAUGCUCGACUUUCACCGAAGUCUACCCAACAAUAAGUUGAUCACAAUUAUGGCCACAGAAGCCACACGUAAUCAGUCAUCCAAUUAUGGCUGUAUCGUUGAGGACAAAGACACUCACGAAGUGUUGCAUUACGUGGAAAAGCCGCAGACUUUCAUCAGUUCGACCAUCAAUUGUGGUGUUUAUCUCUUUAAAACGGAUCUCUUCGUCGACGUCGGAGAGAUCUUCAGGCGAAGACACAACGAGAUGAUGGCCCACACGGGCGGCGGCUCUCAAGACCUCCCGAUUCAUAACGGAAUGAAUGGCGUCUCGAACGGAGACAACACUCAUGAGUGCAUUAGUCUCGAGGAAGACGUUCUGAUGCCUCUCUCGCAGACGAAGAAUGUCUUUGUAUUCAAGACGUGUCAGGAGUGGUGGAGUCAACUGAAAACCGCCGGUUCGGCCAUAUAUGCCAACAGAAACUACUUGAAACUCUACCGCAAAACAAAU